GGGCCACGGUCCUCUGCCACCAGCAUCACCAUCAAGCUUCUGAGGACUCAAGGCUUGGCUGGGCUUUACAGAGGAGCAGGGGCCACUCUACUCAGGGACGUCCCCUUCUCAAUGAUCUACUUUCCCCUGUUUGCUAACCUAAAUAACCUUGGUCGAAGUGAGCCAGGUUGCCAGGGAGACGAACUAAAGCGAGCCCCCUUCCUGCACUCCUUCAUGGCAGGCUGCAUCGCCGGAUCAGUCGCAGCUGUGGCCGUCACACCAUUAGAUGUUAUUAAAACUCGUAUACAGACCUUGCAGAAGGGUGAGGGAGAAGACUCCUAUCGUGGCAUUCUAGACUGCAUACGACGUGUCCUGAUUCGAGAAGGGCCUACAGCUUUCCUAAAGGGAGCGACGUGUCGUGCACUGGUCAUCGCCCCUCUCUUUGGCAUUGCACAGGGUGUCUACUUUCUGGGUGUCGGUGAAGAGUUGCUCAGCCACCUGGGAUAGCAACAGGAACACUCUUCCCAACCUUUCAAACUGUACGGUUCCUUCAUGCAGUGAGGGGGGAGAAGAGGCCUGCCUACCUGAGUUACAGUAGAGAUUCUUCCACUCACUGCAUCAAAGGAGGCAAAGGAUGGAGAGGGAGAAAGAUAACUAAAUGCUAACAUAUUUUCAGAACCAACACACUCAUUGUGUCGUUUUUUUUUUAAACUGUAAGGGUUUACUAAUAGGUCAAGGGUUCUGUAUGCUCUGAAUGCCCCGAUCAGACAGCCUCCUGUCUCAGACAGGGAAGCAUUUUAUCUAAAGACAAAUCUAAAUUUAACAGAAUGAAUGAAUGAAUGAUUGAAUGAAUGAAUGACACCUCUGUAGUGCUUUUCUAGACACCCAAAGCGCUUUACACAUACCACAGGGCACUGAUAUAGAUACUACUAAUGUGUAAGACCAACCUGGAUGAUGCAAUGGCAGCUUAUUAUGCUGGUAUGCUCACUAUUCAUUGGCUGCCCAAUGGGGAGGAGAACAGACAGAGAACUAGCCAAAGGACUUUUUUUAAGUCCUCAACUUAAAUGUUGAAAAUAUAUAGCCGUUAUAAAGACAGUAAAUACUUAAGUUUAACUCACUCAUUGUAGAGAUUUCAUCCCAAUAGUUGUUUCUGCCCUUGUGAGGCCAGUGACUGUCCAUAAUGAGGCACCUUUCCACUGCA